AUAAGUGAAAAAAUAAAAAAAAUUAACAAAAUAAUCUAAGUUUCAAACUUAUUUCAAAAGUAAGCGUGAACUUCCUAAAUCUGAGGUUUGGGGACUAACUGCGAACAGGUCAAAAAAGACAAAAUAGCUGUUUGCAGUUACUAACUGCGAACAGCAUGCUGCACAAAAACAAGUCAAAAUAACUGUUCGUAGUAAAUAACUGUGAACAACUAUUUUGUCUUUCUUGACCUGUUUGCAGUUAGUAAUUGCGAACAGCCUCAAACCUCAGGUUUAAGAAUUUCACGCUUAAUUUUGGAAUAAAUUUGAAACUUAAAUUAUUUUGUUAAUGUUUUUUAUUUUUUCGCUUAUUGAAUUCAAAAUUUCGAUAUCUUACCGCCAAAACAUCACCCCGAUUCCCCGACACAACAAAGCAACUAUAAGAAGUAUAAACCCACCCUGCCGGCUGACCUAUUCUAUAGUCUCUAUAAAUGGGCAUAUCUCUUCUCUGUGAAUGGUGUUGAUCCAUUGCUCCGAUUCCGUCGUCAUUCCUGACACUCCGGCAGCGUCAAUGAGACGUCACAUUUGAGGCGAUUACUCAAGCCGCCGGAGAUAAAACGCAGACUUUUUCAUUAUACAACUAUGGCGUUUUUUCGGCUCUUCGCGCUCAUCUCUCAACUCUCACCUUCGCCUUCCUUGCCUUAUUUUGCCGUUUUCCUCCGUCGUUCCUCUCAGGAUACGUAUUGAGUGUGUGUUGGAGAGGUCUGAUAGAUUGUGAGCAACAGAAGCUGCUAGUGGCGUUUUUCCAAAUGGCUGGCGUGCUCUUCACCAGCUUGGUAUCGAUUCUACCCUUCGAUCAACUGCUAUUCAAUUUCAAAGGUGACGAUUAGAUUUCUCUUUUUGAAUGGCAGUUGAUGUUUGGGCUGACAAGAAUAUUGUACGAGAAACUCCAUUGAGUGAUGGAGAGGCUCGUUGCUUAAGACGAAGCGAUUUAAUUGAAGCCUUAGCCAAUGUGUUACCACCGGAGACUAUACGUUAUGGUUACCAAGUUAUGUCUGUUAAUAUGGAAAGAUCGAGCUCAUAUUCAGUUCUUCAACUUCACGAUGGGAACUCAAUCAAGGCUAAGGUGUUAAUUGGCUGUGACGGAUCAAAUUCAGUUAUUUCUAAUUACAUUGGCUUAAAGCCUACACGGUUAUUCUCCCGAAGCGCAGUUAGAGGCCUAACUGUUUAUCCAAAUGGACUUAAAUAUGCUCCUGAAUUUUUGAGACUAAGAAAGGAAAAGAUUUUAAUCGGAAGAAUUCCAAUUGAUGAAAAGACGGUUUACUGGUUUGUUGUUCUUCAUUGGAAUCAAGGAGAUGGUGAGAUGCAAAAGGAUCCGGCGUCCAUAAGACAGAGGACCUUAAGUCUAAUAGCUGGUUUCUCGAGGGACAUAGUGGAUAUGAUAGAGAAGAGCGACUUAAGCACAUUAUCAUUCACACGAUUGAGAUAUCGUGCCCCAUGGAAUUUACUUUCUGGAAACUUCCGAAGGGAGAGUAUAACAGUAGCGGGGGACGCUUGGCAUGUGAUGGGUCCUUUCCUUGGGCAGGGCGGGUCUGCAGCUUUGGAAGAUGCAGUUGUUUUGGCUAGAUGUUUAUCUAAGAAGAUAUCUGAUGCUAAUGUGAGGGGGAGUAUAAUGGAAUUGUCUGGACAGAAGGUUAUGGAAGCUUUGGAUGAAUAUUUGAAUGAAAGAAGGCGACGAGUAUUCCUCUUAUCUUUGUUUACAUACCUUCGAGGUUUACUGUUAGUAGACGAUACCUCUUUUCCGUUGAGAUUUCUGUGCAUCAUUAUGAUCACCGUUUUCUUUCGAGAUUCGUUGAAACACAUUCAGUAUGAUUGUGGUGAACUCUGAGUUGGUGAGUCUUGUUUUCUUGAAGCCGUGUAAUUUUGGUGUAGUCAGAAUUGAAGUUUCUGAAUUUCAUGUUGGAUGUACGUUCUUUUGAGAAAACCAUAGUGCAAAAUUUUGUUAACAGUCAUGAUCGUGAUAGCGAAAUGGUGAUAUGCGGUAAUGAAAUUUAUGCGGUAAUUAUAACUACGAUAUGUGGUAACGGUGAUAGCGAAAUGGUGAAAGGGACGAAAAAAACAAAAACAUUAUUGUUCGCAGUUGGUAACUGUGAACAAACAUGAUUUCCACUUUUCCGUCCCUUCAAACGUUAUGACAUUGUCUUUUUUUUGUUCGCAGUUACUUAUUGCGAACAAACAAUUUUGACAAUUUUUGACCAUUUUUUUGUUCGCAGUUAAUAAAUGCGAACAUACCUAACCUUAGGAUCGGACAUAAAAACGUAUAUUUUUAGAAUUAAGUUUACCCGAAACUAUAUUUUUUAUUUUUUUACAACCUUACUCAAAAAAGAAUGGGAUUGUUGUAGAAUUAGGAUAAA